AUGUCGUCUGCUCACCCUCCACCUCCUACCCCUCAAGGAUCGCCUUUUCUGCUCAUAUACAAAUCCAAGCGCGUUAUUAUCGCACGCCCAGCAAGUUAUGAAGCUUGUUACGCGUCUGUUAUACAGAACUUUCCUGAGAUUCCAUCGAAUCAUAAGAUUACAUUCCACACUAAAGACCUGAACGUCUGCGAAGGAUACCUCGCUCAGAUUUCAAGGGGCUCCUGGGACACCGUAUUCCCACUUCUCAAUUCCAUCACCAUACGGGAUGAGGAUCCCCUCGCUACUCAACAAUCUGAUCGCACUGCUGCGUCAGAACGCUGCUCCGCUUCAUCUUUGCCUUUGAACACAUCUCAACCCUCCGACAUAAUUCAGUUAUCCUUUCACCACUAUAAAGGCUCGGAAGUGGACGUUCGUGUCAAGCGUACAACUGACAUCGCCAAGAUAUUCGCCCUCGUUGCAGAGCGUUUCAACGAAAACGAACCUAAAUUCGUCCAUAACGGAAACGCCGUUUUUAGCAAAGGUACAGUUGAGAUGGCGGGCCUUGGGAAUGGGGACGUCAUUGACGUCUAUCGCACACAACGUGGCGGUAAACCUGUCAUAUACCUCUAUGCCCCGUCAGAACUUACAGUGUCUGUCAAGCUUUCUCUCGUUCCCCAAUGGAGUUUUUCAGCAAUCUACCCAGUCGCCCCCAUAAAACAUGUUAAGAAUGAGGAGCUGGAAUGGAAAGUUCGCGUCAAGCCCAAUGGGGAGCUCACUGAGUUGAACACUGGUUUGGACGUCGCGUAUCUUUUCUGGGAAGCCCACACGGGUCCCCCGGUCCCCGUCUCCCCGCCGCAGUCACCCAUUGUGAGCAGUUUACCCUUGGACGUGGAGGUUUUCAAUCCGAGUGAUGCGCAUCUCUCCGACAAUGAUUCUGUUGUUAUCUCCGUGGACACAAUAACUCCCUACCUAGAUGCAGCGCCGAAAGCACUUGGGCUUCACACGGAGGCUAGGACUUCGUUCAUAACGUACUGGCUACCCGCGAUACUAAAACACGACCAUGUAGCUCUUCGUUUCCUUCCCCAACCUGUAUAUGAACAGGCCGCGCCGUUGAAGAUCUCGCCCGUCCCUGAUGUUAUCACGCGGAUCUUCAUGCUCUUCAUCGGCGUAGACAAAGAACUCCUAUCCCAAUGGCCUCAAGCGCAGGAAAGGGCAUGUCAUUCUGUCGACUUUUGGAAAGAUGUCGCAGGCGUUGACUGCACGCGCUCCCUGGAUGAAUCCCUGUUCCGCGUCUUGGAAUGGGGUGGGAUGGAGGUACUGCAGUAA